AUGAGUCCUUCAACUUCUGAUUCCCCAAGUUCUGGACCCCCAGAGAGCUCAAGUUCAAAGGAGAAUUACCCACCUGGCAGUCCCUCCAAGCACCCAGAGAAACACGAAGAUCCUAUCAAUAAUCCAGAAAGCCAAGAUCCUGAGAACUCCGAGACUCCAGACAAAAACCUUUCACUGAAAAACGUCUGCUCCGCCAAAAAAGCGCUGGAGCUUCUCAAACAAACCGAAAACCUUGAGAUUGAGGAGUUCAUCGUGUUGACAGAUGUCACAUUGAAAUUAGGUAAUUCCCUUUGGAACCUGCUGAGUUCCCAGUACCCAAAAAUCCGCAAAACCUUUUUGCCCGAGCAAGGCAUUCUUGAAAUCAAGAUGCCAACAUGGGCGCACGAAGUGAUUCUUCCUUGGCUGGUGAUUUGUGAUCGGAUAUGGGAUGCGAUAUGGGCCUUUACAAUGCCGCUGAGCGCCGGCCAAAAGAAGGAACCUGACGUCCUAUUGAUCUCAAAUCGUGCUCCCUUUACCUCCCCGGGAAAAUCGCCACUCCCAAGUAUCGUUGUCGAGACCGGUUUUAGCCAGAGCUAUGAAAGCCUCGAAGAAAAUGCUCGAAGGAUUCUUAUUGGAGCGUCCCCCAAAACACAGCUCGUGAUACUAGUGAAGUUUUUUCGUCGAAAACUUGGAAUUGCCGUUCGUUUAGAAGUCUGGAGGCUAAAUGCUGCGGGAAUUCCCAACUGCGACGAGGAGCGAAGCAUUUUUCCAAUUCAACAAGAGCCACCUAUUUACCUUACCCGUGCUGAGCUUUUUGGAUCAGGCCUGGUGUUCCAAACCCGAAAUCCCGGGGAUCUCUUUCCCCUCGACUUUAACGAACUGCGGAACAAGAUUCAAACCACUUUAGCCCGGCAAGGUCUCCGCCCACACCCAUGA